GUGGCAACACUGCUUGCUUCUUCUUCAAUUUUCAUUACGUCUAGCCCACUGGCCAUCAUCACGUUUUCUCCGAGUUGCGAAUGAAGUUGCAAGAAAUCUGGGAAGUUUUCUAUUAAAAACAUUCGUAAAGUAUUUGUAAUUGGUCAUGUCUUGGUUAUUGGGAAGAAAUAGGCCACAGCAGCCACAGGAAAUGCCUUCGGGAGAAGGUGGAAAUCCAGAUGGUGCCACUGCCGGCGAGCGCUCUGGUGAUUCCCAACUGUCUAAGGCAGAGCGUAAAGCCAUGGAGGCCUAUCGAUUUGAUUCGUCUGCCUUGGAACGUGCUGCUGAAGCCGCACGCACUUUGGAAAGGUCAAAACAUGCCCGUGAAGCCUUGGACUUGUCCAAGAUGCAGGAACUUACCCGGCAACAGGAGUAUCAGCAAAAAGUAAAGGAGUAUGAAGCACAUAUUGAACAGGCCAAAGUGGAACAGAAACGCAUUGAUCAUGAGGAGAGGCGCAAGACAUUAAUUGAAGAAACCAAACAACAGCAACAGCGAGCUCAAUACCAAGACCAACUUGCUCGCAAACGCUAUGAAGACCAAUUGGCCCAACAACAACGUGUGCAGGAAGAAAAUCUUAGAAAGCAAGAGGAAAGUGUAGCUCGCCAGGAAGCAAUGCGUCGCCAAACUAUAGAACAUGAAAUCGAAAUGAAAGAGAAAAACCGUUUGAAAAUGCUGGAACAUGAAAUGAGAGUGAAAGCUAAAGUCGAUCGUGAAAAUCGUGACAUCAAUUUGGAACAAAUUCGCUUAAAAGCCCAGGAACAGCGUACUACCAUUUUGGAAGGCAUCAAAACUGCUGGUUCAGUUAUUGGGUCUGGUGUUGAAGCAAUGCUUACAGAUUGGGACAAGGUAUUGACUGCUGCCGGUGGCCUUUCCUUGUUAGCUCUAGGUGUCUAUGCUGCCAAGGGAGCAACUGGUGUAACAGCGCGUUAUGUUGAAUCACGCAUUGGCAAACCCACCCUGGUGGGAGAGACUUCACGUUUUGCCAUGUUGGAUGCGGUCAAACAUCCUGUUAAAUACAUACAGAAAUUGAAAUCUAAACCUGCCGAUGCCUUGCAGGGUGUUGUGCUCAACCCCAAACUAGAGGAACGUUUGCGUGAUGUGGCCAUUGCUACAAAAAAUACUCGCAUUAACAAAGGCAUGUAUAGGAACGUGCUUAUGCAUGGGCCACCUGGAACUGGUAAAACUAUGUUUGCCAAAAAGUUAGCAGAACAUUCUGGUAUGGAUUAUGCAAUCAUGACCGGUGGUGAUGUAGCACCAAUGGGCAAAGAAGCUGUAACAGCAAUACACAAAGUUUUCGACUGGUCACAGGCUAGUCGUCGCGGUCUGCUUCUGUUUGUAGACGAAGCUGAUGCCUUCUUGCGUAAACGUUCUUCGGAACAUAUUUCCGAGGAUUUGAGAGCAGCACUUAAUGCUUUCCUGUAUCGCACUUCAGAGCAGAAUUCCAAGUUUAUGUUGGUCUUGGCUUCAAAUACACCUGAACAAUUCGAUUACGCCAUCAAUGAUCGUUUGGAUGAAAUGGUGGAGUUCACCUUGCCAGGUUUGGAGGAACGCGAACGUUUAUUGCGUUUAUACUUCGAUAAGUAUGUUUUGCAGCCUGCAGCUGAGGGGGCAAAACGUUUCAAAUUGGAGCAAUUUGAUUAUGGUGCUGCUUGUUCGAAAAUGGCUAAAAUAUGUGAAGGUAUGUCAGGUCGUGAAAUUUCCAAACUGGGAGUGUCUUGGCAAGCUGCUGUGUAUGCUUCGGAAAAUGGUGUUCUCACAGAAAAGAUGGUGUUGGACAGAGCGGAAGCAGCUGCUAUACAACAUAAGCAGAAGAUGGCCUGGCUCUCGGAACAAGAACGUCUGGAUCAUAAAUCCAUAACAGGGGGAAAAUCGAAUUAGUGUGAUUAAAAUUGGUUUGGGGGGUUAUAAAAGGACCUUAUUAUUUCUAGUUUUAAAAUUAUCAAAACUUCCUAAAGAUUAACUGUACCGCUAAUUAGAUUUUUAAGUUUAGGAACAACUAUACACCACUUACAUAUACACACACAGAUAUAAGCAAGGCUUUCACGAUGUCUGCGGUAUUAUUGAUAGCAAACAAAAAGAGUACAAAGUUUCCAAAUCCUUAACUGCCAUUUGUCCUAUGUAGAGCAGUAGGGAAAAAGAGAUACAAUAUAAGAUUUUUACCAUUGUUUACAUUGUAAUCUCUGCAGGGCAUUUUUACUAAAAAAGGCAUAAAUUCUUUUUGUUUUUUGUAAAUAAUUUAUAUUCUUAAGAUUUGUACUUUUGUUUAAGAAUCUUUAUUAUAUGUACAUUGAGAACAAAAUGUAGAUCGGAAAGCUGUUGCUUUGUUAUGUGUUACAAGUUGUUAACUGCUGAAAUUAUGCAUUUUACCCAGAAGCAAACAGAAAAAAUGUAUUUAGGGAAAUUUAUAUUAAACUUCUCCACAUUUUGCCACUGUUUAGCAAUGCUGUUGGUAUAGCUAAGGGGAGACGUGUUAGCUUAAACAAUAUUUUAUGUUUCCUUUUUUACAAAUUGUUUUUUUAUUUUAUUUACAUAUACGUUUUGCGAAAACGUUUUAAAAAGAAUGUAUUGGAAAUAUCAUUACCAAAAAAAUUUAAUUAAAUCUAUGGAAAUAUUUACAAACGAAA